AUAUAAUUCUUAAAGCAUGAGUCAUUUUUUAAGGCUGCUUUCGUAAUUUCACAUUCAUUUGGAUCAACCCGGUAAGCUCCGGAUCGACCCAGCAGCUUUCUCAUUCAUGUUAACACUAUCAAAGCAUAUUUCGGGUUUUUAUGCGACCCGCCCGAUUUCCACCGGAUAUGCAGAUGUUCCAACCAUAUGAGCGUUGCAUUUAAUGCUGUUCCUUUGAUGAAGGCAUUCAUCACGCGGUUUCAAUCGUACCAAGUGCCACUGAUCAAGACGCUUCCACGAUAUUUGUCUCCGCGGCAUCGUAGGUAUAUUCACCGGAAUUCUUGGAACAGAGUCCUCCUUCUUCGCCUCCAAGAUCAUCAGGAUGUUCGAUCUGUGCACGGGUUUCUGGCCAUACAGUGUUGUUUCAGAUUUCUGCUGGUAUUGCUGAUCGACAUCGGUUCACUGAGUCCAGGUAUGGAUGGAGUAAGUUAUGCACAUAUAAGAUAUACAAGCAUAAUCACUGUUGCAUAUUAUGCAGCCUUCCUAAAAAGAGACUUUGUGGGAAGAAUUGAGCCUACAUUAAAAUUUCUCAGUUCUUCACCUGGACAGAUGAGUAUAUGCAGAGAGAACGAAAAUGUCGUAGGCAGACGGGAAAAAGGUUAAUGGUUGCUUGAUUGAUAUUCUUUCAUGAAGUACUGCUGUUGAUUUGGUCAAGAAACUGAGGGAUGAGUUUCAAAAUUAUGAUAUGGCAAGUGAAGAUCUUUUUGAUGGGGAUGUACCAAGCUCUUUUGGCUUUGGGAGAUCAUAAAUCUGCCAGAAAACUGUUGAGGAAGAUACUGAUAUUUGAUCCGCAUGUCUGCUGUGUCAUUGAUUCAUCACAGAGACAGCCUAUGUACGCAGGGCAACCAACUCUAAGGUGCCUACAGCGAAUACUAAAGCGAAAGAGGAGACUGUGACAAGACGACCAGGAAAAAAUCUAAGAAAAUGAAAAAGAAUAACCCACUACAAUCUUUUGUAGAUCUCGGAAUGAGGCAGCAAGAGACAAUAAAUUAUGACAGUUGCAAUUUCUAUUCUCUUUGCUGAUUUUGAUAAUCUUUAUAGGAUUAAAAUACUUCAAACACAAACAAGACAUGCUGAAACGAAGGUCAGGAAGCUUAUAUAUGUACGGACCGAUGUUACAAGAGCUGGCUAUAAUUGGAGUGAAGCAUUUAAAAGAGAUUACAAAGAUAAGUGAACUUAAGCUGCCUGCAAGAGAGAAAUCCUGGUAUAUUCAGAGCCGUCUGUCCAGAGCCAUCUACAAACUAAGAAGUAGAGCAGGACAAGGGAGCCUCGGUCCUUGACAUAAUGAAAUUUGAGCAUGUUCUACUGGAUAUUGGGCUGCUUGAGAAAUCGGAAAUGUUGAAAGGAUGCAGCUCACCAGAUAUGUUUAUCAGGGCACCAUAACAAUCCAGACACACUUUCAGGAUCACGUGCACAAACGAUCCUCACGGCAGAGUUCCAGAAUAGAGCAGUCAAACUAUCUGGCCUGAAAACAAACACUAGAGUCUAUCCUAAGAACAGAAUAAGGAUCAUCUUCCCACUGAAUAUUCUCUAAUGAUCUCAUUCUAUAAGGGAUCCUCUGGUCAUUGUUCUUGCACCUAUCGGCUGUAUAAUUCCCUUCACAGCCUGUAGGCCAGCUGUCAGGACUAACAUAAUCAAAUCCGGGUACACAUUCACAUUUAGGUUCAUUAUCAGAGAGAGUACGAAAUCUGUUUAGGCUACAUAUGCCUUUAGGAUCACAUCUGUCUGCCAAAGAUUGCCAUACAAUUAAUGAGCCGUUUCCUUUCGUAUCGAAACUCAGUGAAUAUUGGCGAAGGAUACCAUCAGGAUCAAUUUUCAUGAGGUAAGAUUGCCUCUGUUGGGUGAUCAAAACUCUGCCAUAUUAUCUUUUGAUCAGAAUUAUAGAGCACAAAGUUGCCGGUGUCUAGCAUGGAAACAUAAGAAAAAGAUUUAUCAGGUGAAACAUUAUCCGUACUUGAGUCUGGGGAUUGCUGUAGGAGGAUGAGCCUUCCAUUUGCAGUUAAUCGCAAAGUUACAUUAUCAGAGGACAGGAGGAUCAUCUCUGUUGAAGAAUUAAAUCUUUUACAAUUCUCUCUAAUCAGUAUAGUGGCUUGAUGGUCUAUAUAUUAGGUCGCUGACCAAUUCUAUGGCAUGCUGUAUAAGCACUGCAACAAAGUGCUGAUCAAUUUUAUGCAAUAUGCAGGCUGUUGUGAUGAAGCAUUUUUGGAUGUCCCAGAUCCUAAGAUAGAGGAUCAUCAAAGUAUAAAGCAACACUAAUGUGUGAAUAAUGCUUGACUAAUGUGUUAUUGUACUGGAGUUUAUUGUGCAUAGAAUUUGUGCACCUUAGAUCAACCAGAUAAAAAUGAUGGAGUCACUUAUGAACAUUUGUAGUUCACGUGUUUUACUGCUUUUAGCCAAGCCAAGUGCCUGCACCGGCAUGCACUCUUUUUCUGCUGGUUUGUUGAUCAAGAAUUUGUGUGUUUCAUUAAUAUUACUCUUUAUUUAAGGAUAGAUAUUUGGGUCCUGAUCUA